GCAGGUUUUACCCCGGAGCUGACUUCGGAGUUCCGACGUAGGGUUCCGGAGUUGAGACUCUCAACUCCGCCGCCAUCGACAGCAUUUCGAAGACGAACAAGAAACAUGCGUUCAAACCGCCCCAUAGUCACGCCGUGGACUUGGUUAAUUUCUCAUUUCUGGUAUAUCCCAUCUCGUUAAAAUGAAUUCCUCAGAGCAGUCGAGCUAUACUUCAGUCAAUUUUGGUGACCGUUAUGCGAUCCUCAACUUGGAUUGGAUGUCGGUGCUCAUCAACGCCGUCAAGGAUACGGCCGAGGGUCAGGCGCUGAUUUCGAAUUGCUCCGUGUGGAAUGAUGCUGUGCAUCGGAAACAUCCUCGUCCCUUGACCAUCUUUUCCACUCUCGCUUUCAAUCGUGCCCAGCCUGAGGUGCAGGCCAACACGCCGUUUGCCAGACAGAUCGCCCCAUAUGGGAACUUUGAAUUUCACUCCCCCGAAGUGCAGAUUGACUCACAUUUCAAAGUGGAUGAGAAAGAUGUGGUGCUCCACAAAACAAGGUGGUCUGCUACCAUGGGAAACAGCCUAGAGCAGAUAUUGAAGGCGCAGAGUAUUGAUACCGUGGUGAUUUCUGGCCUAACCCUUUCCGGCGUCGUUAUGAGCACUAUCUAUCGCCUGUUUGACUUGGAUUAUAACAUUUAUGUGAUAAGCGACAAUGUGCUUGAGUUGCCGGUGGAUCAUAAUGAGGCAUUCUCGAAAGUGAUGCUUGAGACUCUUCUACCGAAAAUGGGCCUGAAAGCGAUAACUCUCGGCGAGGCUCUGCAAACACUGGAACAGUGUUAG